UCCUUCCUCCGCCUCACUUGUUGGAGUUGAAUCCAACCAAACCAGGGUUUCUUUUCUUCAUUUCUAGACUAUUCCAAACUCCACAUUCCUAUAUAAAACACCAAACUCAAAUCUCAUACCCAAACCCAACACCAUCAUCGUAAUUAACCUCAAACAACCACCACUGUUUGUUUUUGUUUCCGUAAAUUAGCUACCAAAUCCAAUUUCAUGGCAAAAUACGGCGAAGGAGACAAACGUUGGAUCGUAGAAGACAGACCAGACGGAACAAACGUCCACAACUGGCACUGGUCCGAAACCAAUUGUUUUGAAUGGUCUAAAACCUUCUUCAACAAUCUCUUCACCAAUCUCAAAAUCAUCGAUGACCAUGAAAAUAAUCUUCAAAUCACUGUCAAAAAAGUCGAAAAGCUUUCUGGUGAAGCCUACGUUAAUGUCCGGAAAGGUAAAAUCAUCCCAGGAUAUGAAAUCAGCGUUAAUCUUACCUGGGAAGGUGAAUCGCGUGACUCUGAAGGAAAGAUUUUGCAGAAGGUUAAAGGAGGUGUUGAGAUUCCGUAUAUUUCUGAUGAGAAUGCUGAUGAAGAUCCUGAAAUUAGGGUUAGUGUUAAAGAAGAAGGGAAAAUUGCGAAUAGUUUGAAGGAUGUGAUGAUUUUGAAAGGGAAGGGGUUGAUUUUGGAGAAGGUUAGGGUUUGGGUUGAGAGUAUGUCGAAAGGAGGACCUGUUAAGGAUGAUCUUGAGAGUAAGAAGGUUUUGCCGAAGAAUUCGGUUGCGGUGGAGAAGAAAAAGGAGGAGGAAGUUGUUCCGGUUGCGAAGGAGAAAGGGAAGAAGGGGUGUAAAGUGAUUAGUUUGAAUGAGAAGUUUAAUUGUAGGGCUAAGGAUUUGUUUGAGAUUAUGAUGGAUGAGAAUAGAUGGAAGGGUUUUACGCAGAGUAAUGCUAGGAUUAGUAAGGAGGUUGGGGGUGAGUUUAGUAUUUUUGAUGGGUCUGUUACAGGGACGAAUUUGGAGUUGGAAGAAGGGAAGUUGAUUGUUCAGAGAUGGAGAUUUGGAAGUUGGCCAGAUGGAAUGCAAUCAAUGGUGAGAAUUGUGUUUGAGGAGCCUGAAUCUGGAGUUACGGUUGUGAAGCUAACACACACUGAUGUGCCUGAUGAAGACAGAUUUGGGAAUGCGACUGUGGUGGAGAAUACAGAGAGGGGGUGGAGGGAUCUCAUAUUCCAGAGGAUUCGAUCUGUGUUUGGUUUUGGAAUGUGAGAUUUCAUUGAAAGUAUGUGUUGUAGAAUUCGAUUUUUGUUUUCUUUUUAUAUGGUUAGAUCAUUUUAUUGGCAUUGGAUCAUUUUAUUGUGAAAGACGAAGUGUCUUUUGCAAUGAUUUCUGCUGCUACUUAUUUCUGGUUUCAGAAACUCUCUUGUUUAUUACCGUGGAUGAUCCUUGCUCGUUGUACGUCUAAUUUAAGAUUCGAUCCGUCAUCUUUGUUUUUUUACGUGUUACAAUCAUCCCUAUCCUUGGUGACAGAAUUAACUUGUGUUACACAAUUGAAAACAGUUGAAAUUUCAAUUUGCAAUGAA